AUGUCAAACAAUGACAUUACUGGUAGGAUACCUCUAGAGCUUGCAAGGAAGUCAUCUCCACUACAACGACUUGACCUUUCUUCCAACCGUUUAAUUGGAGAGAUUCCAAAGGAAUUAUGGAGAAUGAAGGCUUUGUCAAUCCUGAAUUUGAGUCAUAACCAUUUGUCAGGUAGGUUGUCAUCGGAAUUUGGAAAGUUGUCUAACUUAGAAUAUCUUGACCUGUCAACCAACAAUCUAACCGGACCUAUUCCGGAGCAGCUAGGAGAUUGCUUCAAAAUGAUUUACCUACACUUGGGUAAGAAUAGAUUUAAUGGAAGCAUUCCAAGACAAAUGGGUAACUUGAUUUCACUACAAAUUCUAAUGGAUCUUAGUCAUAAUCAACUCUUGGGUGAGAUACCAUCAGAGAUUGGGCAAUUGCGUAGUCUGGAAACUUUAAAUCUCUCAUACAAUAUGCUCUCGGGUUUCAUUCCCUCAUCUUUGGAACAAAUGUUGAGUUUGACAUCCAUUGACAUAUCAUACAAUGAAUUGGAAGGUCCGAUUCCCAAAAUUAAAGCCUUCGAAAAUGCUCCUAGAGAGGCUUUCACAAACAAUAAAGCAUUGUGUGGCAAUGCUUCAAAAGGUUUGCCCUCUUGCAAUUCCUCAAUGAUAGAAAAGAGGAAUACUGGAAAGAAACACGCGCUUAUCAUUUGUAUCUUACUUCCUAUUUUGAGUGCAAUGUUUCUAUUAUCCAUAGUUAUAGGAAUUGCUUUUGUUUUUCAAAAAAAAGCAAAGAAAAAGAUAGAAAUGGGACAAACAGAAAGAACUGAUCAUGGAAAUCUAUUUGCCAUAUGUAGCUAUGAUGGUAGAAUUGUGCAUGAAAAUAUCGUUGAAGCCACUGAAAACUUUGAUGACAAGCAUUGCAUUGGGAAGGGAGGAUAUGGAAGUGUUUACAAAGCAACUUUAUCAACUGGUCAAGUGGUAGAUGUGAAGAAGCUUCAUCCAUUACCAGAAGAUGCUGAAAAGGUCAAUAAAAAACAUUUUACAAAUGAAGUCCGUGCAUUAACUGAAAUACGACACCGGAACAUUGUGAAAUUUUAUGGUUUUUGUUCACAUGCGCGGCACUCAUUUUUGGUUUAUGAGUAUUUGGAAAGGGGAAGUUUGGCGAAUAUCCUAGGAGAUGUGGAGAGGGCAACAAAGUUGGAUUGGAGCAAGAGAAUAAGUGUAAUUAAAGAGUAUGAGGCUCGUGUGUCAGACUUUGGCAUUGCAAGGCUUCUAAUGCCUGAUUCAAGUAAUUGGACUUCUCUUGCAGGCACUUAUGGCUAUCUUGCUCCAAAAUUCGCUUAUACAAUGAGGGUGACAGAAAAGUGUGAUGUGUAUAGCUUUGGCAUGGUAACAAUAGAAACAUUAAUGGGAAGGCACCCUGGUGAGCUCCUUUCAUCUUUAUCACUAUCAUCCUCAUCAUCGUUGGCAUCAUCGUCAUCAUUGACAUCAUCAUCAUCAGUUGUACAAAGUAUGAUGUUGAAAGAUGUUUUAGAUCAACGACUCCCUCCUCUCACAGCUGAAGCUUAUGGAGCAGUGGUUGCAAUUUUUAAAAUGGCAUUUACAUGCUUGAAUGUUAAUCCCCAAUCUCGGCCAUCCACGAAACAAGUGUCUCAAGAGCUGUCAUCUCACAAGCCAUUUUCUAUUGAGGCAUUUCAUACAGUCACAUUAGGAGAAUUUUUGCAUGGAGGGAGAGUACUCAGGUAG